GGGGGGGUGUGUCGGGAGCAAGCGCGCAUGUGAGGAGGUGUGGGGCGGGAGGGACCGGCUGCGCCGGAGCCGAGCCCGGCUCGUCCUCCCUUUCUCUCAGCAUCCUCCCGUGAUCCUGGAGGUGAUACAGGCACAGCAGCAUCCAUGGCCUGCCGUUAGCCUCGGCGCUUAUUUUCUAUUUUUUUUUUUUUUUUUUUUUUUUUUUUUUUCCUGUUGUUGUUGUCUCCUUGUUAUCCUGGCAGCUAAGCGAGCCGGGGAUCGGAGGCGUUUGAUUGAAGGGCUUACAUUAAGCAUCUGGUAACUGGGAUCGUAUUCUCCUGUAUUUUUUCAGGCUCCUCGGAAAUUGAGGAAUGCAAUUCUGCCACCAUGAUGGAAGGAUUGAAAAAACGUACAAGGAAGGCCUUUGGUAUACGCAAGAAAGAAAAGGAUACUGAUUCUACGGGGUCACCGGACAGGGAUGGCAUCCCGCCCAGCCCUCAUCCCAAUGAGCCACCUUGCAAUAGCAAACCCGAGAGUGUGCGUGAAGGAGGAAAAAAAAAUUCGAAGAAAACGAACGGAGCCCCGAAUGGAUUUUACGCGGAGAUCGACUGGGACAGAUACAAUUCACCUGAGCUCGAUGAGGAGGGAUACAGCAUCCGACCGGAGGAACCAGGCUAUAUCCUUUAUUGUUGGCUUUGCCUCUCAGUUUACAACCUGUAAGGGACGCUUGAGCCUUGGAACGCCACGGCUCUGCCCUCGGCAGCAGAAAGAAACCUUCUUUAACUGUGCUCUACCUACCAAAGGAAAGCACUUCUACUCCUCGAGUGAAUCCGAAGAGGAAGAGGAGGCGCACAAGAAGUUCAACAUUAAGAUCAAGCCUUUGCAGGCUAAAGACGUCCUGAAGAGCGCGGCGACGGUGGACGAGCUGAAGGCGUCGAUAGGCAACAUUGCACUUUCUCCAUCCCCCGUGAGGAAAAGUCCGCGACGCAGCCCGGGGACGAUUAAAAGGAAUUUAUCCAGUGAGGAGAUCGCACGGCCCCGGCGCUCCACGCCGACGCCGGACCCUGCCAGCAAGAAAGCCGGGGAGGACCCCGCCGCGCUGGCCCCGCUCUUCGGGCCCCCCCUGGAAUCGGCGUUCGAGGAGCAAAAGUUGGACGCUACUCUGGAUCAGCCUGAGAUAUGGGGUUCGGUCCAGCCCGCCAACACAAACGUAGAGUCCCCGAAGCUACCGAGACCUUUUCCAACUGGAACUCCUCCACCGCUCCCACCGAAGAACAUCCCGGCCACGCCGCCGCGAACCGGCUCCCCGCUGACGGUGGCAAUAGGAGGGGACCAGACAGCAGCAGAGCUCAAAAGUGACAAACUUCCGUCCAUCAAUGACUUGGACAGCAUUUUUGGCCCCGUGCUCUCCCCCAAGUCUGCUGCUGUUAACGCAGAAGACAAGUGGGUCAAUUUUUCCGAUCAAUCCCCGGAAAACGCGACUCCGGAGUUGACGCCCCGGGAAAAAGCGGGGUCCCCGCCGGCGGCAGCGGGCAGCCCGGCCGACGCUGCGGCGGCCGAGCCCUCCCGCCCGCUCCCCUCGCCGCUCCACCUGGAAGAGGUUCCCAAGAAGGUUUCUGAGCAGCCCCACCUUAAGGAUGAUAACUUGGAGCCGGUCGCCUCUCCCAAAGAUUUGGGGCCGGGACAGAGAGCGACCCCGCCUCCCCCUCCGCCGCCCACGUACCGGACGGUGGUCUCGUCACCCGGACCGGGCGCCAGCAGCGGCACGGGAAGCACCAGCGGUUCCUCGUCCCCAGCUCGUCCCGGCACGCCGCUGGCUGCCUGUGGUACCCCCCCACCACCGCCACCACGACCCCCCUCCCGGCCCAAGCUGCCCCCCGGCAAGCCCGCCGUCGCCGACGUGUCCAGGCCUUUUAGCCCUCCUAUUCACUCAUCCAGCCCUCCUCCGAUAGCACCUUUAGCCCGUGCUGAAAGUACUUCUUCCAUAUCUUCCACCAAUUCCCUGAGUGCAGCCACCACUCCCACCGUUGAGAAUGAACAGCCUUCCCUCGUUUGGUUUGACAGAGGAAAGUUUUAUUUGACUUUCGAAGGCUCGUCGCGGGGACCCAGCCCCCUCACCAUGGGGGCACAGGACACCCUGCCCGUCGCUGCCGCCUUCACGGAAACCGUCAACGCGUAUUUCAAAGGGGCCGACCCAAACAAGUGUAUCGUGAAGAUCACGGGGGAGAUGGUGCUGUCGUUUCCAGCGGGCAUCACCCGACACUUUGCCAACAACCCCGCUCCGGCGGUGCUCACCUUCCGCGUGCUGAACUACAACAGGCUGGAGCACGUCCUGCCAAACCCCCAGCUCCUCUGCUGUGACAACACGCAGAGUGACACCAACACGAAGGAGUUCUGGGUCAACAUGCCAAAUCUGAUGACUCACCUAAAGAAGGUAUCGGAACAGAAACCUCAAGCCACCUAUUACAAUGUGGAUAUGCUCAAAUACCAGGUAUCUGCCCAGGGUAUUCAGUCUACUCCAUUAAACCUUGCAGUGAGCUGGCGGUGUGACCCUGCAAGCACUGACCUCCGCAUUGACUACAAAUACAAUACAGAGGCAAUGACCACACCGGUAGCUCUAAACAACGUCCAGUUCCUCGUCCCCGUCGACGGAGGAGUAACCAAGCUUCAAGCUGUGCUUCCUCCCGCCGUCUGGAAUGCCGAACAGCAAAGGAUAUUGUGGAAGAUCCCUGACAUCUCCCAGAAGUCAGAAAAUGGAGGCGUGGGGUCUCUGCUGGCCCGAUUCCAGCUCUCGGAGGGGCCGAGCACCCCGGCCCCCCUGGCCGUGCAGUUCACCAGCGAGGGGAGCACGCUCUCCAGCUGCGACAUCGAGCUCGUCGGCGCCGGCUACCGCUUCUCCCUCAUCAAGAAGAGGUUUGCGGCAGGUAAAUACUUGGCCGAUAACUGAUGGAAGCUUAUGCAAGUCUAUGGAAAAUAAUAUGGAAAAUACCCAAGGACUGCUGUGCGUGGAACGGGUUUUAAUUACAGUUUAAGGAAAAUGAACUAAAUCCUGCACUCGGGACAUUUCUGUUGGAAGUGUCGACAACUUUCAGCAUUUUUUUCCUUGGAAAACACCGUCUUGACCAGUCCUACAGUAUUUACUUCUAGAUGUAACAUUGUUAAUGGUUUUAAAAUGUAAUUAUUGUAUUUGUAAAUUGUACUCAUUCCAGUAAGGCUGUAUUUUGGCAGUUAGACACUUGAGUUUUAGCAUUUUACCAUUCAUGAAAUGGAUGUAAUUUAAACUGUGGUAUAUAAAUUUAAUAGUAGUACUGUUGAAUGGCACAAUGCUUACAGAGGUAGAUUACAUUUUGUCAAUAUAUACGAUUUAAAUACAAUACUGAUAGCUGUUAUGAAGGGGGUGCCUCAUAAAAAGAGAGUUAAGUAGAACCGACAUGCCGAUUUUACUUUUUCUUCAGUCCUUAGUAUGUCUCAUGGUGGUGAAUAAAAAGCUCUAUCUUCAGGUUUAGCUGGUUUAACUCCAGAAAAAUAUUGCCGUAAAUGUGGAGGUUCCUAAUACAGUCCCCCAGCAAAACGCAGGGAAAAAAAAAAAUCUCACUUCUACAAAGAGUAUUUAGUUCAAGUUUCAAUUACAAGAAGCCUCCGUGAACGUGCCCGUGUCCUCUUACGGCCGCAGAUUAACCGUCGGGAGGCCCAGCCGUGCAUGCGCAGGCGACGAGCGCUUCUCUUUGCCCCACAUCCUCACUCUUUGCAGAGAUGCAGAGAAGGAAAUAAGCCAGCAAAGAGGUUGGGUAGUAAAUGUGAGCUUACAGCCCUGUCUGGAACCGUUACUGAUGUUUUUAAGGAGGCGUUUUCCGUACAGCCUCCAGAUUUUCGGUCGCGUUUCUGUGUUCCUUUGCUCGCCUUUUCUGGUUCUUUUCGCCAUUUUUGAAAGGCCCGCGGGUUUGGCAAAUGCUUUAAAGACAUGCAGCCCCCUCCACGCCUUUCUGUCUUACCACCCAGGCCGGCAAGCACAUACGUACAAACACUGGAAAACAAAAGGCAGCCCAACCUGACCCUUGGUGGGGCACCCAGUGCCGGCGGGGGCCGGGGCCGGGGCUGGGGGGAGCGGGAGGAGCGCGGGGGGCUGCCCAAAGCCAGCGGCUCUCUGGUGGAGGUGGGAACACACACAGAAGUGCCGAACUGGGAGCAGCAGGGCAGGGGGGGCUGGAAAUUGUCCCUGUGUGUUUUCUCUGAGCUGCCGGGGCACGGACCCGGGCACGGCGCGCUGCCGCUCUCUGCGCGUCGCCCGAGCUGCGUUCGGUAUUUGCUGGCGUGAGUCUCAGCCUGCUGCUGGCAACACGGUGACAGCGGUCACGGCAUUAACGGAGCGGCACCUGCCCAGGCGGAGAGCUCGUUUUGGUGGGAAAAUGUGGCAAUACAGGGGGAAAAGAAGGGCUCUUUCCAAACUUAAACGUAGUUGCUGUUCCAAUGCAGAGAGAAGCACGGGAGCAUCCGCUGAGCGGGGUGCUGGGGACUCUAGAAAGGAGCGAGAUGGUAAAUAGCGCUACUUUUGCAGUCGCAAAUGUUGCCAGGAUUGGGCUUGUCUGUUUGCGUUAGGAAGCUUUGACCGUGCGUGUCGGGAAGUGCUUGCUCACGGAGCGGUUUGGAGUGAUGUAAGAAAACAGAAAUCCACGUCCAUCUUAAAAGAAAACGAGGAAAUUUGGAGAUAUUUCAGCUCUGAGAUGAUUCCCAGAUUUAGAAUUGUGUGGUAGGGUGGCUGAGUUGCGUGCAUGCUCACUAAAGGUAUCAACACAGAAGAUGAAGCACAAUUCAGUUAUGCAACUUCAGAAAUCUUUUCAGUUUUUGAAGGUAAACUUGCCAGCACUCCCAGACGGAGUGUUAAACUAUGUUAAUAAUUUUUGCCCUGAAAGGAAAAUAUGUAUAAACUGUGUAACCUACCCCCUUUCUGACACAGGAACACAGGGCAAAAUCUAAGAAUCAGUUUUCACAUAAUUGGUUCAUGCUGUGUACAAUGGUUAUAAACUCAUACUUCCAAAAGAGAUCUAUGUCAUAGUCCUGAAAAUAAGGAUUUUAUAAUGUAAAUAUGACUAGAACAUAGAUAUUUUACUUUAUAUUUCAUUUGAAAGACAAGGUGUUUACAUUAGCAUUGGGUUUUUAAAUGCUUUUUAAACAAACAAACAAAAAAAAAGACACAACCCAAAGCUCCCAAGCUUGUCCCAUUUGUGCUGUCCCACAAAAACGGAGGGUUUAUUUUCCGGGUGCGUGGCGGUGCUGGGAUGCAGCCCCCGUGGCCUGGGUAGAGAGGUGAGAAAGUCCUGCACCUUUCCUGGGGUGAAUCUGCUGCCAGGCACGAGUCCGCCGCGCCAGCACGCUUGCAGCCCCGCGGGGACACGGUCCCCUUCCAGCCACCGGCAGGUGACACAAAACAGCUACUCCCAGCCCGCGACACUGGGACCGAAACCAGCGGUUUGGGACGGGUUUUUUGCCAUAGUGCUUUUGCCAGUUUUUCGUGCAGUGUUUUUGGUUCGCUAGGUGUUUAUUUGCUCAGGAGCGUUGAACCGCGCGUCUCCGCUUUCCCUCCCAGCACGACCACCCUCCUGGACUCCUUUGCAAGGAGACGCUGAACCCGCACUGAUGGUUCGGUUUCCCUGCCCCUGUCCGACGUCUGAGCAGCGAGGCAGAGCAGCAGAGUGCCUCGGGGAUGCUUAUUUUGUCGGGUGUUCGUGUCUUGCAUGUCAUACGAGUGUGGCACGCCAGCGUUGCCCUGCUUGGGGAGGGGGAACCAGUUGCGUUUCUAAGUCUGAAGUACAGGAGACUGGUCUUUCUGCCUGGCUUUGAGAAGGUGCCAGCAGAAAAAAAAAGAUUAGGGGCAGCAGCUUGGGAUGUAUCAGACUUAAAUUUAAAGGGGCAAAUAGGGGCAUGUAGAGGGAUGUUUAUCCCCGAUUCCAGCUUCUGUCGUAGCGGCGAGAGCUCCCGGCUCUGGAGAGGGCACGGGGGGGUGCGCUGCCGUGGUGUGUUCAGGGCAGUCAAGCUCUGCAGGCUUCACCUCUGUUUUUAGGCAGGAAAUAUUGCAUCUCUUCAGGGAAUGCAUCCGUUUGGUACUGCCCGCCCGCUAGCAGGGAGCGGCUGCGUCAGCGGGGAGCGGGGAAGGCGGCGGCUGGCUUGCCUGUGAGUCGCCUGCGUUUCUGGAGCUGAGCAUCGGCGCUCCGUUUACCGAGCGCGUGGGCCAGCGGGGCUUCUGCCAAGGAGAGCUGAGGCAGAAAAGGGGGCUCAGCACCACCCAGCGGCACUGGCACCCCUUAACUCAGCAGCACGCAGAUCUGAGUUUAAAAAAAAAAAAAAAAAAAAUAAAUAUAUAUAUAUAUAUAAAGGAGGCAUUCAAAUAAUAAAUAGGCGUGAUGCAUGCACAGAAUGGCUUUAGUACUUGCGUGGACCUUUCCCUUUAGACUGUGUCCUCAGCCACCAAGGCUGAAAGCGUGGCGAGGGAUUUUCCUCCGGGGUCCCCGGGAGCCGCCAGCAGCCCACGCCUGCAGGGUCAAGGUGCCCGCUGACGGAGCGGGAGCGUUUUUCCCCACGGAGACCUGCAGACUCGGGUCUUUAGAUGUCAGGAGCAGGAAGUCCUUUGUUUGCAACUUUUCUUCUUCUGUUCGUUGCAAAUAUUCACGAUCCUCAGCCAGCUUACGGUGCUCCUCACAGGAGACGUUUCAGACCCAUUUUCUACUUCAACAAUAUUUCUUAGCAACUAUGAAAUUGCUCAAUAGUAUGAAAUACUGCCAAAUAAUAAGCUUCUUAUUUGGUGUUUGCAUUUGUUCUUAAAUAUCACUGUUAUAAAGCUUCCUCUUAUUUUUUGCUGUAAGGCCACUGUCCAUUAAACUCCUAUUCUUGCCCAGCUGGCACGAGUUCUCGGUGCGAACGCGUGAGCUUCACUCGCAAAAGCUUUUUCACACGAGCGUGAUCUUGCACUGAGGAAGUUACACAACUGCACGCUCCUCCCGACGCAGGCUGGACUUAGUUAUAUGGUAUUUCAGUUAAAUUAAUUUUGUCUUCAGUAUGUCCUUUCAGGAUUUAUCUGUUAGAGGUUUUUUAAAACACAGGUGGGGGGGGGGGGGGGGGGGAAGUUUAUAUUAAAAUGAGAUCUUGUUUUGGCCAGGCAGGGAGGGGAUGGGGUGGAAGGGCAGCUUCCCAGGCAGGCUCCAGGCACCGUCACUGCGGGAUGCUGUUGGGGUAUCUCUCACAGCAGCUCCUGGGGUUUGGGCUGCGUGGGGAACACCAGAGAAAUAUGCUACUUAAACUUCUCGGUUUGUAGCCACACACACCUGCAGGUGAGACCUGUCUGCCUUCUCCUUUUAGCAGGACCACAGGGCCCCAGGGUAGUUGUUUAGUGCCCAGACGUAAAAAUCAGUCAGCUCUUGCACAGGUGAUUAUUUCCCCACCCAGGUCCCUGCCGAGACCUUGCCGUGCUGUCCAUGCUGCCACAAAUCAUACUCGUCUUUGCUUACCUAAUUCUGGAUGAUUCAAACCGGCUGGCGACGGCACUCCGUCGAACCACAGCUGCAGGGAUUCCUGCAGCAACAGCAUCACAGAAAGAGUCACCAUUUCACUUUUUUUGCAGCAGAAGCAUUUUUAAAUGGCUGGACUGCAAUGAAAAGGUGACAUAUUUUUAAAUGACCUAAGAGAGAGUCAAAGACCUUUUACUAAAAACGUUUGGUCCUUCUCGGACCUCUGCCUUGGCUCCCCAUCUCCUUUGGCAGCGGCGUUGUUCCUGUGCCUACCAGGCACGUGGUGCAGUUCUGUGUUGCACAGUAAUCCUGCUCCAUUUUACCUUUUUUUUUUUUUUUUUUUUUUUGGAAAUACAACCCACAGGUCUGUUACCCAAACACCCAACUUGAGAAAGCCACUUCAAUACACUGAAUGUAGAGUGCUAUCUUUCCCUACCCUUUUGUUGGUUUUAUGUGAAAAUGUCUUGGUUACAAAACUUAAUUUUGAAGCUUACCAUGACCAAAAUACGUAACAUCAUCACAUUGUGCUUUCACGGUAAGAAAUUACUGUCUCAAAGAUUUCAUUUCAUAGCCAGAGUUGCUCUUUUCUCUUUCUCACAAUUUCCCAAGGAAUGUAACUCUUACAGAGCUGGGGAGUUUUUAUGAUCAUCAGUAUUUUAAUUCUUAUUUCACUGUAAGGCUAGACAAAGGUCUGCAGAAAUACCCCUCACCUCCUGUGUGACCUUCCCUGUCACUUUAGGAGGGACUGCAGAUAAUGCUGCUGACAAUUGUUCUUGAAAUCGCAAGCAUUAGUGUGGCAAUGCUUUUCAAAGUUUUGCACACAAGCAGGACUUCACUACAGGCCAAGCAGCGUGUGACAAAACAUGCCAGGUUUUAGCAAGGCGUUCAAAAUACCUUAUUCCUCUGUCCAAAAUCCCUCCCUUUCUGAACAGAGGGCGAAUCGCUGCGGACAUGCCGUCCUGCUGUUGGGUUCGUAAUCCACACAGGAGGGGUCUUCCUCUCCAAAAACGCUCUAAAGUUGAUGAAAUCACCCGGUUGCUUUGACGACAUAAAACGUACGGAGGCGUUGGUGGUGGUCGGAGAGAGGCAUUGAGUCGGGCUGUGGUUUGAAGCUGUGGCCCAGGCUGGUGGGUGGAGGGCACAGGGCACGGGAAAACCUCGCUGUGACACCUCCGAACCCACGGGAAGCCCCAGAGGUGAAUUGGAUUUCCCCGGGUAUCGCCCUGUAUCAUUUUACGAACUCCCUCGUGUAUAAAAUGUUUAUAAAUAUUUGUGGAUUAAGAUACACAGGUCUAUUUUUAAGAUUUAAGUUAAAUAAGUUAAUUAAUGGCUGGCCUUUUUUUGCCUAAACGUGCAAUGAGAUAUAUUAUACCUUUAGUCUACGAUGGCCUAGGUACUGCUUAGUCUGUGAUGAAAACUUUGCUGCUUACCUACUGUUCUCAGAGAAAAAAAAAAAAAAAAAAAAACAACUGUAAAA